GGAGUCGGGCGGCACCGGACGGAGGGAGAGAGCGGCCCGGGGUGCGAGCCCCGCGCGGGGCGGCGAGGCCAUGGCGGAGCCCAGCCCGGAAGAUCCACCCCCAAACCUCAAAGCGGAGACGCAGCCCCCCGAGAAGCGGCGGCGAACCAUCGAGGACUUCAACAAAUUCUGCAGCUUUGUCCUGGCCUAUGCCGGCUACAUCCCAUCCACCAAGGAGGAGAGCGACUGGACCCCUUCGGGCUCCAGCUCCCCCCUGCGCCCGGAGAGCGUGGCGGACAGCGACGGUUGGGAGUCAACCCACUCGGACCUGCACACCAUUGAGACCUUCGUCAAGAAGGCCAAGUCCUCCAAGAAGAAGGCCUUCCGCCGCCUGAAGGCGGACAGCUCCCUGCUGGAGAAGAUGAAGCUCAAGGACUCCCUCUUUGACCUGGAUCCGGCCGGCCGGCAGCCGCCGGCACCCCGGGCCGGCCCGCCGGGGGACAAGAAGAAGGAGAAGCGGUGCCGGCGGGCGGGGGCGGCCCCUGAGGCGGCCCGGCGCGGCCGGGGGGACUCGGCGGGCGAGAAACGCUCGCGCAUCAAAAAGAGCAAGAAGCGGAAGUUGAAAAAGGCCGAGAAGAAGCUCAAGGCCUCCCUGAGCGAGACAGACUCGGAGGAGGAGGGGGCGGGGGGGGCGGCGGUGGCACCGGGCCGGGGUGGGGAGGAGGAGGCCCCCUCCCCGGAGGAGCUGCUGCCAGAGGGCGGCUUCCCGGAGCCCAAACUGGGGGGCGGGGAGGGCAAGGAAUGCGGCAGCACCGAGACCAGCCAGGACGGCGACGGCAGCUCCAGCGAGGGGGAGAUGCGGGUCAUGGACGAGGAUAUCAUGGUCGAGUCAGGGGACGACUCAUGGGACCUGAUCACCUGCUACUGCCAGAAGCCCUUCGCCGGGCGGCCCAUGAUCGAGUGCAACCAGUGCGGCACCUGGAUCCACCUCUCCUGCGCCAAGAUCAAAAAGACCAACGUCCCGGACAUCUUCUACUGCCAGAAGUGCAAAGAGGGGGCCCGCAAGGCCGCUGCCGCUGUGCCGGCCCCCCGGGGCGGGGGGGAGCCCUAGAGACUGGGCCCCGCCCCCCUACCCAGCUGGACUGUUCCCCCCCCCCCCCCCCAGUCCCUCGAAUUGCCCUGAGCAGAGAGGAGAUUCGCCCCCACAUCUGUGUGCUCAUGUUGCCCCCCCCCGGCUGAUGGGGGGGGGGGUGAAACUGAGCGGCUGCUCUUUCCAGCCCCAGCGGAUGGGGGGGGGGAAUUGGGGGUGUUCCCCCCACCCCCGCUUCCUGGCUGUAAAUAUAGAAGGAAAGUGGAGGGGUUUAUUUUGUGUGGUUUUUUUUUUUUUUUAAACUUCCCCUUCUCCCCCCCACCCCGGUUUCCUUUUUAAAAUGGAGACUCUACUACUGCCCCCCCCCCACCCCUGUAGGUGGCGGAAGUGGGGUGCAGCGGGGUGUGUGUGAAUCAACAAAGAAAGGGGGGAUGUUUGGUCAAGUUCCCACCAAAGGACCUGUUUUUGGGCUGCGCUGGUCGGUUUGAAAGAUGCCCUCGGGGCCCCCCCACCAAAGCGGCGAGGGGGGGGCCCUGCUGACAGUUGGGUGGGGCUGAGAAGCAGUGGGAGGGUGCUCUGAGAGUCUCCGAAAAGACGGGCGCAGAUUGAAGAGCGCGGGGGGACCUUGCUUGCCCCUAAUAAACAGCUGCAGCGUCUCCUCCCCCACCCCGAAAAGGGAGACCAGAUCUCAUCUCCCUCCCCCCGACCCCUCUUUAAUCUGCGUUUCUUUUUGGGAGGGGUGGGGGGGUGCAGUUCCAACCCCCCCUCUUUGUUUUAAUAAUAUUUUGCAGCUUAAAUGUAAAUAAAUAACGUGGACCCUUUUGCGUUUGUA